AUUCAACUUAUGUGUUGGGUGUAUGAACGAAUGCCUCAAACUGAACACUGGCAGGUGUGGAAGGAGAAGUUUUUGGCGUUGAAAGCUGCAGACGUAUAUUUGUUUGAUGUUCCCCCGAUGCACUCGAACGACUGGGCUAAGUGUGAGAUGAAAUACAAAGUAUAUGAGUGUAUGUUCAAGAUACUCAAGGGAACAGAAGUGCCUGACAAUCGUCAGCACUGUUGUAGUAUACAGACAGGCUCUAAACAGGUGAUCUGUCUCAGCUUGGAGAACCGAACUGGGCUGCUCAACUUGGAGACAGCCUGGUAUAAGACGAGUAAUUUGGCAGUGAAGAGACUUGUGAGUAAAACAUUUGGCUGCGUGUGGCAGGACCAUCUUUCUGGUCUGAUACUCGACCUGGAGCAGGGAUUUUCUCUGUAUGACCAUCAGACAAAGAGUAUACUGUGGAGUUAUAGAUUUUCUCAGUUGAAAAGUUCCUCCGACGAUGGGCAGACAAAACUUACAUUGAAUUUUCAAAAUGAUACCCCCAAACAGUUGGAAACUCAGGUGAUUGAAUGUACAGACUUGCAGACCUUGAUCUACUGCAUUCAUUCAUUUCUCUCAGCAAAGUUGUCGACUGUUGAUCCCAGCUUUUUAGGCAAUCAUUGA